AUGCAGGAUUCGGGAAGGGGACGAGGCAGGCCUAACCGCCGCCGUGGCGGCGGUAGGCCCGCUGGCGCUGGAGCUGGCAGCAACAGGCCGAGAUUUCAAGCCAGCAAUCAGGAGAAUGAUCAAGUCCCAGGAUCUCAGAGACCCUUUGCAACUAUAGCUCAGCCGGCCUUGACCAUCUCUGUCCCAGCUGAUACGCCCAAGUUUGCCGAUCUGGCCCAGGAGAAGCUCAUCGACCCCGUCCUCUUGCAGACGAUUACGGAGGAUAUGAAGUUUGAUCACAUGACUCCUGUCCAAGCCGCCACCAUACAUGACUUGCUUAAGGAGCGUAGCGACAUGCUGGCCCAGGCCAAGACGGGAACUGGCAAGACCAUGGCUUUCCUGCUUCCCGCCAUUCAGACUCUGAUCAACAAGAACAAGAAGCCGGGAAUGACGAUUUCCGCCUUGAUCAUCUCUCCCACCCGUGAGCUGGCUAUGCAAAUUGCCAACGAGGCCACCACACUGCUGCAGCGUCGUCCAGAGUACAAGGUGUGCAUUGCCAUUGGCGGCACCAAUAAAAACAGCGAGGCCUCCCGCAUCUCCAAGGGAUGCGACAUUCUCAUUGGCACGCCUGGUCGCAUCCUAGACCACAUCCAGCCUGAUGAGGGUGACUACAGCAUGGUCCUCGAGAGACUGCAACACCUGGAUACUCUGGUACUGGACGAAGCAGAUAGAAUGCUCGACAUUGGCUUCCUCCCUGACCUCAAGAAGAUUAUCGGUUUCCUUCCCGACAAGGAGUCGAGCCAAAGACAAGGAAUGCUGUUUUCUGCAACCAUUGCGGAUCAUGUGCAGAAGGUUGCCCACCUUGCUCUGUCCAAGGACUACAAGUUCAUCUCGACCAUUCCCAAGGGCGAAGCCGGCACUCACGAGCGUGUUCCUCAGCGACUCGUUGUUGUUCCCACGUUUUCUGACCUUACCGCCGCACUCGUCGGUGCUCUCCGCCAAGAGGUUGAUCAGGUUGGCCCAGACAGUUUCAAGGCCAUUGUUUUCGCCCCGACUGCUGCUCUUGUCGAUUUCUACGCAGAUGUCCUGGCCAAGAUCCCCAAGUUGCCUUCGAUCAUAGCUCUUCAUUCGCGCAUGACACAGUCCAAGCGAACCAGAACGACGGAUGAGUUCCGUAAUGCUUCAAAUGGUAUUCUUUUUGCCACGGAUGUUAUUGCCAGAGGCAUGGAUUUCCCCUCUGUGACCAACGUCUUCCAGGUCGGCAUCCCCGCCGACCGAGAGUCAUAUAUCCAUCGUCUCGGCCGUACUGCUCGUGCUGGAGCAGAGGGCCGUGGUACUUUCAUCGUCGCAGAGGCAGAGAGGUACUUUCCCGAGCAUAAGCUCAAGGACAUCUCCUUUGAGAAUGUUCAGGCGGAUCUCAGCGCCAAGGAGUUGGUGGCCCAGAUUGCAGUGAGCCUGGAGCCCGAGGUUCAGACCAAGGCAUACCAGUCCUGGCUGGGUUAUUACAAGGGUCCUCUGAAACAAUUGCGCUGGACGCCAGAGCAACUGGUCAAGGAGGCCAAUAAUCUUGCACUUGAGGGCCUGGGCGCACCGGAAGUCCCGUCACUGUACAGGACCACGGUUGGCAAGAUGGGAUUGAAGGGCAUCAAGGGACUGACGGUAGUCCCCGACCCGCCCAGAGAGGCUCGUGGAGGUGGAGGCCGGGGCCGGGGCAAGGCUGCCUCGGAAGCACCCAACAACGCAUCGGGUGCGAAGCGCCAGAAGCGAUAG